AUGACGGUGACUGUUAUUUCAAGGUGUAUGACUCAGGCCCUGAGUAACCAGAACAAGAUCAGAGACAAGGGACAAUUAGAAGCACAAGGGAUACUGCAGGGGAAGAAGCAGACAACUGAGGAACUAAUUGAAAUUUUGGCAAUUUCAAGAAACCAGAAGCUUUCACAACCAGGAGAGGAGAGCCAGAUCCUGGAACUACUGAUUCAGAGAGAUGCAGAGUUUCAAGAGCUAAUGAAGUUGGCAGUUGAUCAGGGGAAAAUCCAUCAUGAAAUGCAGCUUUUAGAAAAGGUGGUAGAAAAGAGAGAUAAUGAUAUUCAGCAGCUGCAGAAACAACUAAAAGAAGCAGAGCACAUACUGGCAACAGCUGUUUAUCAAGCAAAAGAAAAACUGAAAUCAAUUGAAAAGGCAAGAAAAGGUGCCAUUUCCUCUGAAGAAAUAAUUAAAUAUGCCCAUAGGAUCAGUGCUAGCAAUGCUGUUUGUGCUCCUCUGACAUGGGUACCAGGGGACCCACGUAGACCAUAUCCUACAGAUUUAGAAAUGAGGAGUGGCCUCUUGGGUCAGAUGAACAACCCAUCCACCAAUGGAGUCAAUGGACACUUACCAGGGGAUGCGCUUGCAGCAGGCAGACUGCCAGAUGUGCUCGCUCCUCAGUAUCCUUGGCAAUCAAGUGAUAUGUCAAUGAACAUGCUACCUCCUAAUCAUAGUAAUGACUUUCUGUUGGAGCCUCCAGGACACAAUAAAGAAAAUGAAGAUGAUGUAGAGGUUAUGUCCACGGACUCCUCGAGCAGCAGCAGUGACUCAGACUAGGUACAAGAGGGACAGUAUCCUUAGUAAACCUUUUCUGUG